AGGCAGCUGAUCUAAAAGCUAAGCUGAUCAGUCUCGUGCGUUCAGGAUGCCGCUGCUGGUCAGAGACCACACAUGGACCCAGACAGAAACCACGGUGUACCUCAGUAUCCCGUUAAAGGGGGUGAAGCCGGCCAAAGUGGACGUGCUUUGUACGGAUGAGUUCCUGAAGGUUAGUUUCCCUCCGUUUCUGUUUGAAGCCUUCCUUUCUGAGCCUGUAGAUGAUGAUAAAAGUGUGGCCAAACUGGGAAACGGCGUUGCAGUUUUUACUCUGCCGAAAAAGAAAGAAGGCCUGUGGACGCACCUCAGCAGAGAUGUGGACAAAGCCAAACAAAGAGAGAUUCGAGACGAGGCCAUCCUCAAAACUCAAAACAAGGCUGCAGAAAACUCCAAGGCCAAAGCCGCAAAGAUUCAGCAGGAAAAGAAAUACACAUUGGAGACUAUGAUGAAGCUUGAGGAAGAGGAGCGGGUGAGAAUUCAGACGAUGAAGGACGAAGAGUGUGCGAGAGCCACAGCAGAACUGGAGGCCUGGAAAGAAAAGCAGAGGAAAACGGCAGAGGAAGAGGAGGCUCGACGAAGGCUACAAGGAACCACCACGCAGGUGGAUAAACAAGUUCCUAAAGAGAGAAAGCUUGAGAAAGCUGCACAAAACCCCAGCAGAACUGAAGGUCGGAUAAACAGCGGGAAAAAGGACAAACAGAAGGAUGUACCUGCCCCCAGGUCAGCGGGCUGCAUUAAGAUCAGUUUCACUCCACGUGUUUUCCCCACCGCCUUACGAGAGUCCCGCGUACCCGAGGAAGAAGAGUGGCUGAGGAAGCAGGCGGAGGCCAGACGGAUGGCGAGCGCUGAUCUCGCUCAGCUGGAUGAUCUGAAGGAGGAAGAGAAGAACCCUGACUGGCUGAAGGAUAAAGGAGAUAAUUUCUUCAGGACUGGGAACUACCAGGCUGCGGUCAAUGCCUACGAUUUGGCCAUUAAACUCAACAGACGCAUUCCUGCCCUGUUCUCCAAUCGAGCGGCUUGCCAUCUGAAGCUGAGAAAUCUUCACAAAGCCAUCGAGGACAGUUCUCAGGCCCUGGAACUGCUGACCCCAGCCGUCGCUGACAAUGCAGCGGCCCGACUGAGGGCCCAUGUAAGGAGAGGAACUGCUUUCUGUGAGCUGGAGCUCUUUAUAGAAGGACUUCAGGACUACCAGGCUGCUCUCAAGAUCGAUCCAAACAACCAGGCUCUGCAGGCGGAUGCCAGUAAGAUCAGAGAGAUCGUUCAAGGCACGAUACCCAGCUCUUAAGGGACGGGCCUUCCUUAUAAUCCGGAUAUUGUGCCUUAAAGUUGA